CCAGUCAAGGGCUUGUCACAGCAGUAAACACAACGCCCCCAACAUUCCAAUUACAUAUCAACACUGUAAUCUGAUCAGAUGUGUUGGCAUUUGGCGCACGGUGUACGGUGUCGGCCAAUGACGUAAUGAUGAGGAGUCUGGGGAAAGGCGUGUCUACCCAGGUAGUGUGAUACAUAUCGAACCCCGACAUUGCGUAAGAUCAUUGGUAUAUAAGUAGUACAGACUUGACGCUCCUACUUACUUGAUACUGAAACAUGUCGAGAGACAAACUGGGUUUGCUGCAGAAGUGCUCUCAACGAUGGGGAUCGAAACAGUACAUGCAGAUGAAAAAUCGUUCCAGCACAACUACUACUACCCGCCUUACUGACGUCAGUGAGGAUUCGCUGCGAGUUUUGAAACAAGUCGAAAUCAUUCGAGACACCAUAGGACGUAUUGAGAAAGACCUUCCAGCGGUGCGAACGUCUCUGCGGAGAUUACUUGCUGCAGUCAAUGAGAAAGACAAACAGAACGUGCAGGAUCGUCUCACUGAACUAAAUGAAAGUGCAAAGAGAACCCAACUACUGCUCGUCUCCAUGGACUCGUUUUGCAAACAAGAACGCCCAGAUAGUACGCUUGCAAGAAUAGUAAAGACCCAGCAGAUGACGCUGAGCUGCAACCUGAUGAAAAUAAUCGAAGAAUUGAGAGACUGCUUGGAGGUGUUAACCACUCUAGCACGGAAACGACGGAGCAGAUCAAAUUCCUUUGGAAUUGUAACAGACUGCAUCGUCCUCCCCCUUCAAUGUCAAUCGAGAAGCAAGUCAAGCCCUAUUCGACUAUCGACCAGUUGUCCAGAAUUAGGGAAGAAGCUGGAGGAGGAGGAGGUGGCGUUGCACUCCAUGGCUCCACGGAGAGACCAUCUGAAGGAAGUGGAAAUACAACUUGCAAAAGUACGAAAACUGGCUGCAACAGUUGAAGAUCUCGUGUCUGAUCAUAAUGAAUUCAAUAACAUCAAACUUCACGUGAAAGCACAUAAGUGUUUUCCUCUGCAGAUGUCUACAGAAACGAGGCGUCUUUCUACCGGUGAACUAGUUCCAUGUGCAUAAAACUGAGACACUGCAAUACAAAUUGCAAUAAAUCUAGAAUUAGAAAGUAGACUGCAAUAGUACAUCUUGUUGAUAGCUGUAUACAGCAAUGCUGAUAAUAACAAGGUUGACUACUCUGUUGUACAGAGCUAGUGAAAUCAAGGUGAAGU